AUGUUUUUCCGAAUUAUGGGUGACAUGUUGCAUGUAGCAUCACUUCUCAUUCUCGCUUUCAGAAUCAGAAAAUCAAAGAGUUGUGUUGGAAUCUCAUGCAAAACUCAAGAGCUUUACUUUAUUGUGUUUGUCGCUCGAUAUUUGGACCUCUUUACUUAUUUUGUGUCAGCAUACAACACAUUAAUGAAGAUUACCUUUAUUUGUCUUACAGGAUAUGCUUAUUUAACUGAUUUGGCAUAAAAAUAUUGCCAAGUCAAAAUAUUUUUGAUUUAUCAAACAUAGAUUUGCCUUUUAUGGUGGAUUCGCCAUAUAAAAGAAAUAUUAUAUCUGAUAUACCUAAUGAGGUUUGCUAAAAUUUACAAGCAAACUUAUGACCUGAAAGGGGACAACUUUGAGUACUGGAAAUGGCUCCUCGGCCCAUGCUUUUUCCUUGGAUUAAUAUUCAAUACGGAAUUUACUCAUAUGGAAAUUUUAUGGAGUUUCUCAAUAUUCCUUGAAGCUGUAGCCUUUAUUCCACAACUAGAAAUGCUACGUAAAAUGAAGGAGGUAGAAAACCUGCAGUCUCAUUAUGUAUUUUGCCUGGGAGCUUAUAGAGUUCUAUAUAUACUUAUUACCCUAAAUUAAUAGUUGAAAUGGCUUGAAUUAUCCACUAGGCAAUAUAAAGAAUAAGGCUAUAUCAUAAACUGGAUCUCCAGAUUCUUGAAUGAUGAAGAGAUUUCUUAUAUUUCUUUAUUCGCUGGAAUUAUUCAGUCAAUUCUUUACGCAGAUUUCUUUUAUUAUUAUGUUCUUGCAAGACUUCAGAAUAAGAAAUCAGUGACUCUACCAAUCUAA